CUGAGACUUGCCUUGCAAUGCCAUGUUUGUGUAUGUGCUCUAACUCCCAGAGAGCAAUCAGGGAGACGGCUCCCCGGCCGGACUUGGCUGAUGUUUUCUUGUUUCUGUUUCAGCCUUCAGGAUAAUUCCUUCAGCAGCACCGCUGUAACAGAGUGUGACGAAGACACACCGUCUCUGCAUGAAGAUCAGACUGACUGUUCCAGCCUCAGAGAUGAAGACAAUAAGGAAAAUUACCCCGACGCCGGGGCCCCGCUAGAGGAGCCCGCGCCGGCGCCCUGCGAGCCGCCGCAGCAUGUAGAGCAGCCCGCGAAGCUCGACGUGCUGCGCCCCAGCAUGGGCAACUUCAAGUCCCGGAAGCCCAAGUCCAUCUUCAAGGCCGAGAACGGGAGGAGCCACGGAGAAAGUCAGGACACAGAGCGUGUGGUACCCAGCCAGUUGGAGUGUCGGGGGAGAACAGGAACACCAGCUCAGGAGAGUCCGCAAAACCACACCUUCAGGUGCCAAGAAACCGUGCACGUUCAACCAAGAAUAGACCAGAGGGCUGCCGUGUGGCCAAAGGAUGAAACUCGGCAGGACUUCAGUGAGGAAGAAGCUGCUCAGGUGCACGGAGUCAAGGACGCAGCCCCAGUGUCCACGCAGAGUGUACCUGCCGAGGGGGCAGAUGCCGCAGACUCUGCGUCAGGGCACAAAGACGGGCAGCGUGAAGCGGACAGCGCGCCCGAAGACCUCCAGUCUGUGGAGACCAGCAGGCUGCUCUGUCACAUCACUGAUGGUGACAACCCGCUGCUGUCACCACGAUGCUCCAUCUUCAGCCAAAGCCAGAGAUUCAACUUAGACCCAGAAUCAGCCCCUUCUCCACCCAGCACUCAGCAGUUUAUGAUGCCCCGAAGUUGUUCACGGUGCAGCGGCAGUGAUGGCAAGGAACCACACACCAUUACCCAGCUCACCAAGCACAUCCAGAGCCUCAAGCGGAAAAUUCGGAAAUUUGAAGAAAAAUUUGAACAAGAAAAGAAAUACCGGCCUUCACAUGGUGACAAGACAUCUAAUCCUGAAGUCCUGAAAUGGAUGAAUGAUUUGGCUAAAGGUCGUAAACAGCUCAAAGAACUAAAACUGAAGCUGUCGGAAGAACAAGGGAGUGCUCCUAAAGGCUCACCUAGAAAUCCAUCCUGUGAGCAACCCACAGUCCCCGGAGAGAAUGGGAAGCCGGAAGCUGUGGGCCCUGAGCCCGGCCCCUCUGGAGAGGAGAGUCCAGACGCUGUGUUGACAGGCCUGAAGGAGGAGAGAGAGCAGCUCCCUUCUCAGGAGGGUCCUCAGGUAACUAAGCAAGACAAGAGCCUCAUAAAGCCUCUUUAUGACCGAUACAGAAUUAUCAAGCAAAUCUUGUCCACGCCUUCCCUUAUUCCCACAAUUCAGGAGGAAGAAGACUCUGAUGAAGACUGUCCACAGGGAAGCCAACAACUUUCUUUGCCAAAUCCAGAAUCCCACCUUCCUGUUGGCGACCACCUCACCUACUCUAAUGAGACUGAGCCUGUUAGGCUCUUGCUACCAGAUGAAAAGAAAGAAAUCAAACAACCAGCCCUCUCCAUGUCAAAUUUACAUGAGGCCACCAUGCCUGUACUUCUUGACCAUCUCCGAGAAACUAGGGCUGACAAGAAGAGACUUCGGAAGGCCUUAAGAGAAUUUGAGGAACAGUUUUUUAAACAAACAGGAAGAAGUCCACAGAAGGAAGAUAGGAUACCAAUGGCAGAUGAGUACUAUGAAUACAAGCAUAUAAAAGCCAAACUGAGACUAUUAGAGGUCCUCAUAAGCAAGCAAGAUGUGGCCAAAACUAUUUGAAGUUCAGGAAAUGCUUGUGAUCACUUUCACCCAAGAUAAGUCAAGUUUACUUUCCUCUGCCGUUCCUGCUAAGUAGCUAUGACGACUGAAAAUCGAAGCACUUUAGUGGUAGUAUUAGCUGUUUUUAAGAAUGGAUGGCACAUGUAAUUAUAAAUGAGUAGAAGGGAUUAAAAUGGGGGGAAAUACAACGAGUAACAAUAUAGUUGGAAAAUAAAAUUCAGCCUUCUCCAUGGAGAAAACACACAGUUGGUAUAAUUAUUUCAGAAAACAUCUACUGUUUUAUCAAAUCUAAAUAACACAAAGCAUCCACCUGUUAAAUGGGCCACUGGUUACAGAAAGUCUACUUAGUGUCCAAAGAUUGCUUAUAUUGACAUAUGGAAAGAGCAUGAUUUUAAAAAAAUCAAUAAGAGGAAGAAAAACUCUUCAUUUUAUGUAGGAAGGAAUACAGCUAGUAAGAAUGUAAUUCAUUUGGAACUUCUAAUCGAUUUUUAAGUGAUUAAAAAAAAAUCUACUACCUUGUCCCUUAAGUCUGCUAGGCUUUCAAGCACCCUAAAAUAUACUAGAAUGUGUCACUGCUAAUUUUUUAUUUCUAUAUAAAAAUAGCACAUUAUUUUAUCUGUUACUUAAAAUUUUACAUUUCUGAUUACCAAAGUUCAUUCUAAUAGCAUGUACUUUGUGAAUUAUCUUUGUCUAUAACUGACAGAUGUUUAUAUUAAAAUAAAAUAUUGUAAUAAAAUUUGAAAAUAGGUAUUUUGGAUAGAUGUGUCUGUAGUAUAUAAUCUAAUGUGAUCAUAGGUAUGAUUCUAAUCUUUUUGUUUACUAUAAGAUUAUAUAACUAUUUUUCCAUUGGGAAUGUGUGUUUUUUUUCUUUAAUGUUCCAAGGUCUGUACUUUGUAAAGUCAAAAAAUUUUCCCAUGAACUAUCGUUGUUCCUCAUUCUGUAUAAAAUGAAAGGUUUAGAAAUUGUUUGCUAUGACACAUUGGAAAAGCCAGAAUAUUUUGUUUGCUUCAUCAACUUCAGUGUAUGUUGUUUUGUACUAAACCACAUGUUUAUUACUUUUGCUUUUGUAAAAAUAAGUAAUAGGUCCUCAUUUUCUCUUGUACCAGCCAUGUCUGUAUUUCUGUUUUCUGUAAUGUUGAAGCAUGAUGUUGAACAAAUUCACAUUUUCAUAUAGUUUGGAGGGGAAGAAUAUUGACUUAUUUCCAAAGCAGACUAUUUCAGAGGCCUAUUGUUUUCUCUGUAUUUACUUGAUAUUUUAUAACUUUUAUGAAUCAGAAUAAUGUCCUUCAUAAACUUGUUUAAUUAAAGUCAUCUACUUGUAACAGGACAGAUACACAACUAUUUGAGGUUUACAAACUACAUCUUUGAUAAGGGAAAUGGUUCCAUGACAUGUAUACAAUUGCUAUUAAAAUGUAAUUCUAUAUAUUCUAUAAGAUUGUAAAUAUUUUAUACAACAAUACAAAUAAAAUAUUUUUCUAUUAUAUUUA